UACGCUGUUAUUUAACCGCAAUCCAAGGUGUCGGAUGGAUCGGGCUCCGGGAGGGAGGAGCCGCUCACUGUGGGCUGAGCUGACUGAUGUCCGGGCAGGUCAACCAGGCGUGCUGGGUCUAAGGAGAGAGAGGAGAGGAGAGGAGAAUAAUCACAGACAGUUGUUUUUAAACGACCGUGUGAUUUUUCCACACUUGUCUCUCUGAGUUGUUGAAAACAGUGAUCCACAAGAUGGGGAACCGGGUCGCCCGUGAGGACUACGAGUGGGUGUACACGGACCAGCCGCAUGCCGACAGGAGGAAAGAGAUCCUGGCCAAAUAUCCAGAAAUCAAGUCGCUGAUGGGACCUGACCCGAGACUGAAAUGGAUUGUGUGCAUGAUGGUGGCGAUACAGUUUUUAGCUUUCUACCUGGUCAAAGACUUGGACUGGAAAUGGGUUUUGUUUUGGACCUAUGCCUUUGGCAGCUGUAUCAACCACUCAAUGACGCUUGCUAUUCAUGAGAUUUCCCACAACACGGCCUUUGGAAACAACAAGGCCAUGUGGAACCGCUACUUUGCCAUGUUUGCCAACCUGCCCAUCGGCCUGCCCUACUCUGCCUCCUUCAAACGCUACCACCUGGACCAUCAUCGCUACCUGGGUGGAGACGGUGUAGACGUGGACAUCCCCACUGAGUUUGAAGGCUGGUUCUUCUGCACACGCUUCCGUAAAUUCAUCUGGAUUAUUCUGCAGCCGCUGUUUUAUGCCAUCCGCCCACUCUGCAUCAACCCCAAACCCAUCACUCAGCUGGAGCUGACCAACGUGGCCUUCCAGCUCACCUUUGACAUCCUGCUCUUCUGGCUGUGGGGGGCUAAGCCUGUGGUCUACAUGCUGGCUGGCUCCAUGCUGGGGAUGGGUCUGCACCCAAUCUCUGGUCACUUCAUAGCUGAGCACUACAUGUUCCUCAAGGGUCAUGAGACCUACUCUUACUAUGGCUCCCUCAACCUUCUCACCUUCAACGUGGGCUACCACAAUGAGCACCACGACUUUCCCAGCAUCCCAGGACGCAGGCUGCCCAUGGUGAAGAAAAUAGCAGCAGAGUAUUACGAUGACCUGCCUCAGUACACGUCGUGGGUGAAGGUUCUGUACGACUUCAUCAUGGACGACGCACUGAGCCCGUACUCUCGAGUCAAGAGGAAGCUGAAGGGAGACGUCAAACAGGAGUAACUUCACUGAAAGCUUCACUGGAUCAAGCUGCAGCGUCACCAUGACAGCAGCUGCCUCACCGCCCUAUAAACUUAACAGCUUCUGCAGAUUAAUACAUUCAACAUGUGAAACCUGGGUGGAGUUUGUGUACAGGAGUCUUGAUGUAGGAGGAAAUAUUUUCACAGACUGUUGUUAUCCAGUUCAGAAAAGCCAAGACAAGUGGUGUGAGAUUAAGAAGUUUGUUUGUAUCUGGGACUGGCUGCACAAAGACUUAGUUCAACUUAAUAUAGAUGUCUAAUUUGCCAUGUAUUCUGAAUGAAAUAAGACUGUUGCCCAUGACAUUUGUUGUGCCCCACAGGAUGAAUUGUAAUUGGCUCUGGCGAUCUCUCCAGUUCUUAGGUUUAAAACUAACCUCACAUGUCCACUGAAGGCAGCUGUGUUUUAUUUACAGAUGAUCCGCUGCCAUUCUAGCUGCUGUGCUAAUGAACAUGUGAGAGCUCUUCACAUGCUGGGUCUAUGUUCAACGUCUCUGUGUACUGUUAGCAUUUAGCUCAGAGCCCCAGGGUUCUCUCUCUCUCUCCAGCUCUGUGAAAGGACUUUGGUCAUGAACAGACAAACCUCCAAAAAGUUUUCCCAGGUGUUACUGGAUCCUAAAACCUCUUGUUGGUUUCUUUACUCACUGCCUAACAGCAGGAAACCACUUGUCAGCAGUUGCAUUGGACCAGUAAGAACAACACAACACCAUAGACCAGUCUGAGAAGUCUUUGUGCAUCCAGCCCCAGAAACGAUCAUAAGGAAGCUACGCAGCCAACUAACAAUAAACCCACACAGGUUUAGUUCCUUUACUCCUGUCUGGUGACGGAGUGCAAACCGUGUGGAAGGUGUUCUACGGUUUGUGCUCUGCCACAGAUUAACCCAGGCAACUACCUUCCUCCCAUCUUGGACUUGCUAUUGGUCGACAGCAGAGUGUGUGUGUGUGUGUGUGUGUGUGAGAGAGUGAGUGAGUGAGUGAGUGAGUGCGCACGCGUGUGUGUGUGUGUGUGUGUGGGUGCGUGCGUGUCUCUAUCAAAGUGGACCAAAGUUGGACUCUGAGUGAAUCCACUCAUUAAACCCCCCCCCCCCAUAUAAACUGAUCGCUGCAACACACAGCUGUCAUGUCUGUUUGAUACUUCCUGUAUUGAGUUGAUGGGGAGGCUUGCAUCAGUCGCUUUCUAUUUUAAAUGUAGAGAUUUGCCUUUUGUGGCCCAUGACCCUGUUUUCAACUGUCUGCUUUCUAACGUGACACACGAAUGCACCAUGACAUGAUACGACCUGUGAGUGUGACACUCAGGAGACUUUGAGGUUGUGUUGCAUGCGAGAUCAAAGUGUGUUAUUCAUUAGUGCCUCAGCUUUGUCUUCACUUCUGCCUUUGUGGUCUUCAUUUAAAUUUGAACAAUUCAUUCACUUUAAUGAGAAACUGCCAAGAAGUGAAAAAAUGUUUGUCAAAAUCUUUUUCCCCUCCUCCAGCUUCAGGUUGUAGAGGCGGAGCUGCAGCUGCACCUGAAGUCAUGUCCUCUGUGUUCUAUGUUUGAAAUGCCUUUAGUAACCUGGAACCAAAUUACAUGUGGUUGAUGCGGAAUUGGCUCAUUCCACUGCUUCAGUAUGUAGUGUCAUCAACUUUGACUACUUUAAAGCCAAUGAAAUAAAUGAAUAAAUAAACAAGCAAAGUUUUAUUUAUAUAGCACAUUUCAUUCCAGGUAGAAGCACAAUGUGCAGCACAAAACAUGAAUUAUCAAAGAAGUUGCCACCACAAAAACUAUGGAUAAUAUGACGGGGUAUUAGGGGAAACAUUGAGGGGAAAAAAUCUGAAAUUUUGAUAAUUAAUUUGUAAUAUUAUGAGAUUUGUCAUUAUUUAGAGAAUAAAAUAAUAUCACAAGAAAAAAGUCAUGAGAAUAAAGUUGUACAUUUACAAGAAAAAGUGAUAUAAUAAAGUUGUAAUUGUAGGUUCAGUGUUUUAGAGAGGAAACAUCAGAAGCUUUAAAAUGAAUGUGGAGCAUCCUGUGCAGUUCUACUUUAGCAGAGGUUUCACUAAUAAGGAGAUACUUCAUCUUAUGGCUCAUCAUCAGCAUCAUCAUCAUCAGGUCACAGAAGAGAUUGUGAGGAAACUGAGUCUGUUCUAUUGUUAGACAAGCAGCUCAGACUGACACUGACUGUCCUUUCACCUGUUUGAUUGUUGUAAUAUUCCUAAGAAUGAUGUUUUUUCUCUCAAAAUUUUACAUUUUUAAUUCUUGUUAUAUUGCGACUUCAUUGUUGUAAUAUUAUGAGUUUGUUCUUGUAAUUUCAGAUUUCUUUUUUUUCUUGAAUGUGGCCUUAAUACUCCGUCGUAGGCUGAAAACCAUUUCCAAUGAGAGCACUAUUCCUGGCAAUGGAGAGGCUUCACACUCCAUUUCCUUGGAACACUCAGCAAAUAAAAACACUGUCACUAAUCAGUGGUCCUCCUGUCUGUCCGCCAGGUCUCCCUCUGAGGCGUCAUGUAGCAGCAGGAAGACCAAGUUUAGGUAGAAACAAACACUGCGAAACAACAAAAGUUCAUUUUUAACCUCAGAAGCAGCAGUUUACAAAACAAGCUCCUGAAGCUUUCGAUCAUAUCACAUGAUCUUCCUCAGCAGGUGGAUUGCCCAGUUGUCAUGUAGUUUUUCAAAAACCUUUUCAGAGCACUUUAAGUUCAUUGUCGUUUCAAAUGUUUUUAUUGUGAAGCACCAUGAAUUUAAUACUACAGCCUUUAUUGUUGAGAAAUAGCAACAUAUAGGAAACACAUACAAAUGCAGCAUAAUACCAGUGGAACGAAUCUGAACACAAGCUCUCCUUUCCUUUGACUGGUGUUUGAUAUUCUGAUCGACUGUCUCAGCCUCUCUCUGGUCUCUUCCAGAGGCAAAAGGAAUCUUCUGCCAUUUUUUUUCAAACCUUAUCCUCUUCAUGCAAAAACUGUUGAUGUGGAAAGCCGCUGUUCGAGUGACGUGUUUCUUUUCUUUUCCCAGAACAACAGUCUGAGUGUCUUUGCUUUAAUAAAACCACAGAACAGGA